AUGGCUGGCGGUGCCAUGAAAUAUCGACAUCUCGGUCGCAAAUCCUCGCAUCGACAAGCCCUGCUACGAAAUUUAGUAACCUCUCUCUUCACACAUGAAUCUAUAACGACGACAUGGCCUAAGGCAAAGGAAGCUCAGCGGUUGGCGGAGAAGCUGAUUACGCUAGGGAAGAAGAACACAGAGGCCAGCCGGAACAGGGCUCUAACGGUUUUUUUUACACCUCACAAGCUCCUUCCAAAGCUCUUUGGACCUCUCCGUGAACGAUACCAGGACCGACCAGGUGGCUACACUCGAGUCCUCAGAAUUGAACCUACAAAGCCUGACCAGGCCCCCUCUGCCAUCCUCGAGUUAGUGGACGGGAAACGAGAUAUGCGGUUUGCAAUGACGGCCAGGACUCUUGCUCAUCAACGAGCAGCCGGUGAAGAGGGGAUGAACGAAAUCACGGCUAAAAAUGUCAUGAAAGUGACCAGAUAUCGACCAGAUGGCGAGGCUGCGUUGGAAAAGGAGGUACAAAGGAUAGAAGCAGAGGAGAGGAAAACAGAGAGCAAAUAG